AAAUUUAUUAUAUCAAUAAAUUCUUAAACACAUCCGAAAUUACUAAAACAAUAAUUUCGCGACGCGUGGCCGAGCAUUAUGAAACGGAAAGAAACUGGGUCAAAACCAACUCAAAUCUUUCACAAUGGCGGAGAAUUUUGAAAGGGCUGCCAAUGCUCGCAAGAAGAAACUCCCUUCCAUGGAUUGUCUUAUUAGGCAAGGUAAUGAUAUUUUAGAAAAGCGAAAAAAGAGAAGAAAGCCUAUUCAUUAUGAGUAUAGCACGGAUCCAAAAACUGGCCAACGGAGUUGCAAAAAUACUUACAAUCCAAAGUAUUAUAAUCGCGAUGAUACCGCCUCUAGUUCAAGAUCAAAAAACUUAGAGGAACACAGCGAUAAUAUUUUCCAAGAACAAGAACCACCAGAAGUAAGUUUAUUGGAUCGUGAAUCAGAUAUGGAUGUAACGACAAACGCUGUAGAGGAUGUGACAAUGAAUGAUAUCCUUGAAGAAGCAAAAGGAUUAUUAUGUAACUGGAAAUGUGGUGGUCAGCAAAAGAAACGAACCUGGCAUGAAAGACAAAAUUCCCUUUAUGAAAGCUGGGAGGAAGUCAGAAGUAGUUUAAUCGAAGUUUUGCUGCAAACUAAAUUUUCCAUUGGCAUUUUUGAUGAAUUGUUAUGCGAAAGCUGUAAAGAUGCCAUGGCAGUUAUUGGAUGUCAAGACUGCAUUUCACAUAGAUAUGUCUGUGGGGAUUGUGAUGAGGAGAACCAUAAGAACCAUCCAUUUCAUGAUCGAGAUGCAAUUUUGAAUGGUUUUCAUGAACCUAUUCCUCCAACAGCCUCAAUUAACAGCAAACUGGAAUGGAUUACUGUUGAACGGUCCCUUCCAUUUGGUGAUGUUAUUUGUCCCACAUGCCUAUUUCCUUGCAAUAUUUUAUAUGAUGAGAAGGGUAUGGGUUGCAUUGCUGUAACAUUGAAAGGUAGAUUCGACAUUAGUCACACAAAAUAUGAAUGUAAACAAUGUGACAAUGUUAUUCAUCAACAAGUCCCCAUGUUUUAAUACAGCUGGGGUUUUGGCCUGGAACUAUUCGUGACAUGACAUAUGUAUUUCACCAAGAUCUCUUUCAUUUCUGGGAUAAUUUACAGAAGAUUGUUCCUGGAAUUUCUCAAAAUAGUUUUGUGAAAUCACUAGAAAUGUUUUCGAUACAAAAAGGGCGGAUGGGAACAAUUAACAGCAAAACAUUUGGUAGCUCUUUUCGUGAAUGGAAAUAUUGCCAAUAUGAAUUGAACAAACUACGGCAUAUUAACUGGAUGGAGUGCCCUGCAUGUGAACAGCAGCAACACUCCGUUCACAUGGAUGGUAACAUGAAACUUUAUCGGUACAAAUCUGCUGGGAUCAGGAAAAGAGAUUGCUACUAUGGAGAUGCUUUAUUGCUUCAAAUGAAAAAGUUCAACAUCAUCUCUGUAAAAUUUACAAAAAAGGAAAGGAAAAGGUCACAGAUGAUUCUAAGUGUGGCGAUUCUAUUUGGCAUGCUGCUGGAAAUACUUUGAAGAAAAAGAAAAUUGUUGAUGAAACUGGGCUAGAAAUUGCUGGCUGUCGUCACAGUGUUGCCCAGCAUGCAGUUAGCAUGAAGCACGGAGAAGUGUAUGGCUAUGCACAUUAUAUGCAAAAGGAAUAUUACCUUCGUCGUACAACACAAUUCUUCUGGUAUGAUGUCAUCUGC